UCGAUUACUUAUCGUGGAAAUGAAAACAUUUGUUUCUAAAACUUCCAACGUUUUGAUGACAAACAAACAAAUAAAAUAGAAAUCAGCGUGCCGUGAUAAUAGAGUUACAGGAUAGUAUAAUCGAUUAUCAGGCCACGCCGGAUUUCUCAGUUGAAUGGGCACAGCGUGAUAAUCGAUUAUGCCAUAUGUGAUAAUCGACUAUCAAGCCCUGCGGAUUCUUGGGUCUGAGUUGGCUUCACUGAUAAUCGAUUACCACACAGGCAAUAAUCGAUUAUCAGGGAGGACUUCGUGCGCCUACUACAGUGGGCCCGUCCAGGAACCCUUGGGGUCCAACGGGUUUUCAUCAUGUUGGGCUUGUGCCUCCGAGCAGGCGGUCCCGGGCGUGGGUCCUGUUCCGGAAGCCGUUCCCAUCAUCCAGCCGCAGAUCGUGGCUAACUUCAUUAACUUCCUUCAGCAGAUGGCUGGAGCAUACGUUCCACCGUCGCCGCCACCGCCACCACCAGUGGCGGUGGUCACCAUCGAGAAGCUUCGGAAGAACGGAGCUGAGGAAUUUUUGGGCGAUCAGAUCGCCGACCCUAUGAUCGCCAAACGGUGGUUCGAGCGAACCAUCCGAGUGUUGGGGAACCUGAGGGUUCCACAGGAGCAGCGUGGCGACCUCGCAGUUGCCUUACUUCAGGAUUCCGCCAACGACUGGUGGAAACGCGUAGGAGCGGACGUUCCGGAGCACGUUCAGUGGGCCACUUUUGAUCGACUCUUCCAUGAGGAGUACAUCCCGGAGCACUUUGUCGAGGCGAAGCGAGAGGAGUUCUUGAAGUUCACCCAGGGUGAACUCACGCUGCCUGAGUAUUGUCAGAAGUUUGACGAGCUCGCGGGGUUUGGGCAAGACCUCGUACCGACUGUGGAGAAGCGGUGCAAACGCUUCAUGGAGGGCUUACGUCCUGACCUUUCAACUCAUCUGAUCAUUGCCCCACGAAGUGACAUCAACGCGUUGUACAAGAAUGCAUUGGACCUGAAUGCGGCCCUCAUUAAGAAGGCUGAAUUUGAGCAGGCGCAAGGGGGCGUCAGCAGCACCAUCCCGUCCUCCUCCACCCCAGAAGGCGGGGACCAGCAGCAAGAGGUCCUUUGCAGCGCCGAGCAGCUCUCACCAGAGCAAGAAGGUGAGGCAUUCUCGACCGCACCGGCCGCUUCAGCCCCAGCAGCACAGCCCGCCCAGAGCCAGAAAUCGGCGGCAGCAUCCAGUCAGCCCAAGCGACAAGCAUCAGGCGCUCAAGGGGGGAAGGCCCCAGCCCGCACUUACGCGAUGCGAGGGCGUACCGAGCAGCCAGCCCAUGACGUCAUCAUGGGUAUGUUUACCUUAUUCGAUACAUCUAUUACAGCUUUGAUUGAUCCGGGUUCCACUCUAUCAUAUGUCUGUAUGCCUAUGCCUGUUAUGCCUAACCUUCCGAGGGAAAAUUUAGACAAUCCGGUAAUAGUGUCCAACCCAUUGGGACACAGUCUACGACUCACCCAUGUGUAUCAUGAUUGCCCAUUAGUGGUCCAGGGAAAGAUUUUCCUUGCGAGUCUCAUUGAGCUUCCACAUCGUGAGUUUGACGUUAUUCUAGGCAUGGAUUGGCUCACCGCCAACCAAGCUGUUGUUGACUGUGGAGCUCAUACAGUUCGACUGAGAGCCGAAGACGGUAGUGACGUACUGAUCCAUGGUGAGCUUCUUCCGAAAGCUCCAGAAUUCAUUUCCUACAUUCAUGCUCGUCGACUCAUUCGCAAGAAGUGUGAAGCAUUCUUGUGCACAGUGCGUGACACUCGUCAGGAGGCGCCUAGUAGGGGGGACAUCCCUACGAAAAACAAAAAGAUAAAAAUGGAGACCAAAUCAUCAAGAAAUAAUACAUCCGCUCUUCAAGUGGAAGAGGCGGCGUCACCGCUACCGGAGCAUACUCCGAUGUGGAAGCUUGUCUUGGUGGCGUCGAUCGCCGCCGGAGUCCAAUUCGGAUGGGCCCUGCAGUUGUCCCUCCUCACGCCUUACAUCCAAUUGCUUGGAAUCCCUCACAAAUACUCAUCAUUCAUUUGGCUUUGCGGUCCCAUUUCGGGCUUGAUCGUCCAGCCGCUAGCGGGCUACUAUAGCGACAAUUGCACGAGUCGGUUUGGCCGCCGCCGGCCUUUUAUAGCCGGCGGUGCAUUCCUCGUCAUCACAGCCGUCAUUCUCAUAGGAUUCGCCGCCGAUAUCGGCUAUGCCACCGGUGACCCCCUUGGGAAAACCUCUAAACCCCGUGCCAUUGCAAUCUUUGUCUUCGGCUUCUGGAUCCUCGACGUCGCCAACAACAUGUUACAAGGUCCAUGCAGAGCGCUGUUAGCGGAUCUCUCAGACGGGAAUGCGGAAAAAACGAGGUUGGCAAACACCCUCUUCUCCUUCUUCAUGGCGGUCGGAAACGUCCUCGGCUACGCCGCCGGCGCCUACCCCCGCAUCUACAAGAUCUUCCCCUUCGCCCUGACGCAGGCAUGCGACGCCUACUGCGCCAACCUGAAGAGUUGUUUCAUCAUCUCUGUCCUCCUCCUCCUCACCGUCUCCGUCUGCGCGUUGACCGCCGUGAAAGAGAAGCGGCACACGGUGGAGAGCCGCCAGGGGGAGGCGGUGCAGAGGGUGGCGUUCUUCGGGGAGAUCUUCGCCGCUUUAAAAAACCUGCCGCGGCCCAUGCUCAUCCUCCUCCUCGUCACCGCCCUCAACUGGAUCGGAUGGUUCCCGUUCAUCUUGUACGACACGGACUGGAUGGGCCGGGACGUGUACGGGGGCCACAUAGGGGACAAUGGGCUUUACGACAAAGGGGUCCACGCCGGGGCGUUGGGCCUGAUGCUCCAGUCCGUGGUCUUGGGCUUCAUGUCCAUUGGGGUGGAGCUGUUGGCCCGCCACAUCGGCAACGUGAAGACGCUUUGGGGCGGGGUUAACUUCAUAUUGGCCAUUGGGUUGGCGAUGACGGUGGUGGUUACCAAAGCGGCGGAGCACUCGAGAGCGUACGAUGGUAGCGGCAACGUCCUUCCGCCGUCUGUUGGCGUCAAAGCCGGAGCUUUGGUCAUCUUCUGUGUCCUUGGUAUUCCUCUUGCAGUGACAUACAGUAUUCCAUUUGCUCUAGCGUGCAUAUUUUCAAGUGAUAAUAAUGCUGCUGGUUCUGGCCAUGUGGGACUCUGUUUGGGCGUUCUCAACCUUUCAAUUGUCAUGCCACAGAUGUUGGUGUCAUUCUUAAGUGGACCAUGGGAUUCCCUAUUCGGAGGGGGCAACUUGCCAGCAUUCCUAGUAGGCGCGGUGGCGGCAGCGGCUAGUGGCAUAUUGUCAAUCACACUUCUCCCAAAACCACGUUCCGAUGUCACAAUUGCAAUACCAUAGCCAGGCUUAGCUUACACCAUCCCAUGCAUAUAUGGAUUCUAUGUAUAUAUUAUGAUAAUAUAUAUGUUGGUUUAUCAUCAAUGAUCAUAUCGAGGGAGAAUUGAAGUUUAAGGGCGGGAGGGUGGUACAUAUCAAAUUUGGGUCACAUGUCUUCAAUUCAAUUCGAUUAAAUCUUAAAUUGGGUU